CUAAAAUAAUAGAAGAAGUUUUACAUGAAACUCACUUUGAUCUUGAAAAGAUUUAUGAUGACUUGAAUGAAGAAUUAAAUUUUGCUAAUAAACAAGAAGAACUACAUGAAGAUAUUCUCAAAUUUAACUAUCAAUUAUUUAAAAAAAAUGCAGAAAAUAGUAGAAU